CUUCCUCAAAUCUCUCAGCCGAGCAAUCUAUUCCCACAUUUCACCGCCAUCUCUCUCUCUUAUCCAUCGUUUUGACAGUCGGUAUUCAAAUCCUCAGUCAAAGUAGGGUUUCACUUUUUUCUUGCUCUCUCAGGUGUCAACUCUCAAGCCCGCUUCUCUCUCUGAUACAUUGAUCAGUUUGUUUCCGUCUUCAAGUCCAACACGAUAAUGGCAGAUGUCUUGACUGAGUUGCAGAUUACCGAGUUCUUAAAAGCCUUUUGUCUGUAGAUGGAGACGGUGUGUUCUACAAAUAUAAUACCCUAACCCUGCUGAUAAACGAGAGAGAGAGAGAGAAAGGAACAGGUCAUUCAAGAUUUUCACAUCAAAAGUUUUAUUUAUUUUAUUUUAUUUUAGAAUUAUCUCAAAACAUUCUUCCGGUAAUUAAUUUCCAACUUUUUCCUCUUCUGACGUCAAUACAUUGUUCCAAUCGACGUGACAACUGACAAGUUGUGAAUGGGAGGGCCGAAAAUGGCCCUCUUUUCAGUGGGAGUCCGUAUUGAAUUUUAACGCUUUCCACUGGGUUUCUCUUUAAACGCUCUGAAACAGAGCAUUUAUGGUGGAUAACGCCAUUCGAGGAAAGAUCUAAGGGAGUUCCUUGGUUAGAGACUUUUAGAGUGCGAUAGCGAGAAGAGGAGAUGGCAGAGAAGAAUGCGGGAAAGAGGAAGAAGCAGCUUCAGUUGUUGAGAUGUUCGGUUCAGAAUUACGAUUGGGGGAGAAUUGGAGAAGAAUCCAAGGUUGCAGAGUUGUUUCUGCUGAAUUCCGGGAUGGAAAUCCAAAACGAUAAGCCAUAUGCGGAAUUAUGGAUGGGAACUCACAAUUCUGGACCUUCAUUUUUGAUUCUAGGCAACCGAGAUGGAGGUUCCGGGUUGGAGCCGUUAAGCCUGAAGUCGUGGAUUUCGGAAAACCCUCAUGUACUUGGCGAGAAGGUUGUUGAGAAGUGGGGUGCUGAUCUUCCUUUCUUGUUCAAGGUACUUUCAAUUGCAAAAGCCUUGUCAAUACAGGCUCAUCCAGACAAGGCAUUAGCAGAGACUUUACAUGCAACACAGCCGACUGUGUAUAAGGAUGAUAAUCACAAACCUGAAAUGGCUUUGGCACUCACAGAGUUUGAGGCAUUGUGUGGAUUUGUCAGCCUUGAGGAACUUAAGAAUGUGCUUCUUUCUGUCCCUGAGAUCAUAGAACUGGUUGGUAGUAAAAGUGCAGGUGAAAUUUUACAUGCCAAUAAGCAAGAUGGGGAGGAGAAAAUAAAAGCCAUGCUACAGUCAAUCUUCACCCAACUUAUGUCAACAAGUGAAGAUGAAAUUUCAGGAGCAGUAUCCAAAUUGAAAACCCGUCUGAACAUGGAAAACAAGAUGAGGCAAUUGACGGAGAAGGAGCAGUUGAUUUUGCGUCUAGAGAAACAAUAUCCAGGUGAUAUUGGUGUUAUAUCAGCUUUCUUUCUCAACUAUGUGAAGCUUAAUCCCGGCGAAGCAUUGUAUCUGGGAGCAAAUGAACCUCAUGCAUACAUCUUUGGCGAAUGUAUAGAAUGUAUGGCAACUUCAGACAAUGUUGUUCGUGCAGGCCUCACCCCCAAAUAUCGGGAUGUCCACACUCUUUGUUCCAUGCUGACAUACAGACAGGGCUUUCCUGAAAUUCUGCAGGGGGUUCCCCUAAAUCCAUACACAACAAGAUAUCUUCCACCCUUUGAAGAAUUUGAGGUUGAUCGAUGUGUUCUUCCCAAGGGGGCAUCAGUAAAAUUUCCUGCAGUUCCAGGACCGUCCCUGUUUGUAGUCACAACAGGAAGGGGGACAAUACAAACAGAGUCAUCCAGUGCUGAUGCAAUUGUGGAGGGUUGUGUUCUUUUUGUGCCAGCAGAUACAGAACUUGGUGUAACUGCCAUGGAUGGUUUACAACUAUACAGGGCUGGAGUUAAUAGCAAAUUUUUUGAGCACUAAAAUCAGAACACAGAAGGUAGCAGCAUGCUUUGUCGUGCUGCCCCCUGGUCUAUGUAUGUAUUAUAGGAGUUAGCAACAAUACAAUAGUGAAAGGAAAGUUACACGAAUAACAGAGGGUAUUUAUUACAUGAUGAGUGAUGAUCCACCCUGGUAUGCUAUUGUUGUGUGCUCACAGUACACAUUGUAUGCUUGUUUUGUGGCUUUUCCAUGAUUAUCCCAUCUUUUGUCUGGGGACACAGGGGAUAUUUCCCUUUUUCUCUUGUGAUUUUAGGACAAUGUAAAGGGAAAAGGUGAGGGUUGACAUGAUGCAGACCAUUGAUACAAUGAGAAACAUUUGAAUUACUGUACCCAGGUUUCUGUUUUCAUGUAUUCAAUGCUUCACUGUUGUAUUGCA